CCCCCUCCUUGAUUCUCCCCUUCCCCACGUGACUCUCUGGAAUCUUUGCCAAAGCUCCAAGUCUCUGGGUCCAUUUUCACAUCGAGCAAAGGAGAGAGGAAGGAGGCGAGGGAGGCAGAGGAAGGCGGAGCCUGUGUCCUUUAAACGCCGGGAUCCAGAGGGGGCCUUAUUUUGUGCGUAUCCGAGCUCUCUCGUCUGAGUGGCAUUGAGUUCGGAAUCCUUUCCAGCCUCUCUAGCUCUUUCCUUCAUGCAUUUAAAAUUAUGGCUCCUCCUGCACUCCCGUAAUCACACCUCAACCGCGCAGACCAGCUCUGGGUGUACCGGUCCGGAGGUGGCGGUCGGCGUGGACCAAGCCGCGCCCCCACAGCCGUCCUCACCCAGGAAAGGGGCGGAGGCGAGAAAGUAGCAGCAGCGCCCCCCGGCGCCGCCACCCCCAUUCUUUCAGCGGAAGCUUUCGAACAGGCUGCUGCAGGGAGCGCAGCCUGAGGCGGCGCCGUGCGGCUGCAGCGCCGCCGAGUCCCGGGAGCUUCCCGCAGCACUGCACAAAGUUUCCUGCGAGAGGCCGCCGGGGGCUGAGGUCCGCGGAGCCCGGCAGCCGAGCCAAGGGGUGGGUGGUCUUUCUGGGCUCCUGGCGAUCCCCUCUGCCGACGCAGCGCCGACGUAGACUGUCAAGUGAACUUUAAAAAGCUGCUCCAGACCAACCUGCGCUGGGAUCUCCGCGGUCGGAGACCCUGGAGCGGAGGUGUCCAGUCUGAGAGAAAUGCUGGGAGGUCGGAUCAGCCGGUGACGGGAACUUUGCCGCGAGUCUACCGCGGAGAACCGCGCGCUGCCUUCUCUUUUAUUCUCCCAAGCUCAGCCCACGUUGGCGACCUGCUUCGCUGGAGAGCUGCGCGCUCUCCGCGCCGGCAGUGAGAGAAUUGAAUCCCCCGCCCGGCCCGGCGCCUCGGAGCUGCUGAAGAGUGUCACUCGGGGCUGGUCCAGUGCCGCAUUUCCCCCGAGGCAACCGCUCGUCAACCCCCGCUCUGCGUGCGCGCCGGCCCGGGGCGCCGGAGCCAGUGUUUGGGGCGAGAGCUGGUUCUUGGAUGCUGAAGGCUGGGCUCUUCCAGUGUGGCUGUCGAAGCGGCAAUGGGUGCCUUCAAAGUGUGGUUCGGGGUGGCCCUAGCAUUGGCGGGAUUUGCAACAUUGCCUCAUCAUUCGGAAGGUGCUUGUGUCUAUCAGGGUUCCUUGUUGGCGGAUGCUACAACUUGGAAGCCUGAUUCAUGCCAGAACUGCCGUUGCCAUGGCAACAUCAUUAUCUGCAAACCUGCUGUUUGUAGAAACCCUCAGUGUGCCUUUGAGAAGGGAGAAGUGCUUCAAAUAGCUGCCAACCAGUGCUGCCCCGAGUGUGUGUUGAGGACUCCCGGAUCUUGCCAUCAUGAAAAGAAAAUCUAUGCGCACGGGACAGAGUGGGCCUCUUCCCCGUGCAGUGUGUGCUCUUGUACUCAUGGGGAAGUCCGAUGCAGCCCCCAGCCAUGCCCAGCGCUAUUGUGUGGACAGCAGGAGCUGGAAUUCAUCCCUGAAGGAAGCUGCUGCCCAGUGUGUGUGGGCCCUGGGAAACCUUGUUCCUUCGAAGGCCGUGUAUUUCAGGAUGGGGAAGACUGGCCUUUGAGUCGGUGUGCCAAAUGUGUGUGUAGAGAUGGGGUCGCCCAGUGCUUCACAGCUCAGUGUCAACCUCUGUUUUGUAACCAGGAUGAAGCUAUAGUCCGAGUUCCUGAAAAAUGUUGCCCACAGUGCUCUUCCCGAUCCUGCUCUGCAUCUGGCCAAGUGUACGAGCAUGGUGAGCAGUGGAAUGAAAAUGCUUGUACCACGUGUAUAUGUGACAAGGGUGAGGUCAGGUGCCACAAAGAGGCCUGCCCUCCACUACGAUGUGAAAAGGGUCAGAGCCGGGCUCAGCGUCCCGGGGAAUGCUGUGAGGAAUGUGUGUCUCCUGCGGGAAGCUGCUCACACAAUGGGAUUGUGCGGUACCAGGAUGAAAUGUGGAAGGGCUCGGCCUGCGAGUUCUGCAUGUGUGACCAUGGCCAAGUGAUCUGCCAGACUGGGGAGUGUGCCAAAGUGGAGUGUGCCCAGGGUGAAGAAUUAGUUCACUUAGAUGGCAAAUGCUGCCCUGAAUGCAUUUCGAAGAAUGGCUACUGUGUUCAUGAAGAAAAUGCAGAAUUUAUAUCUUCAAAUGCAAGUGAAGUUAAGCGUAUUCCAGAGGGAGAGAAAUGGGAGGAUGGCCCUUGCAAGGUGUGUGAGUGCCGGGGCUCUCAGGUCACUUGCUAUGAGCCCUCUUGCUCACCGUGUCCAGUGGCCACGCUAGCCCAGGUGGUGAAGGGACGGUGCUGUCCAGAUUGUACGUCAGUUCAUUGCCACCCAGACUGCUUGACCUGCUCUCAAUCUCCGGAGCACUGUGACCUCUGUCAGGACCCCACAAAGUUGCUGCGGAAUGGACAGUGUGUACAUAGCUGUGGUCUGGGAUUUUACCAAGCUGGUGCCGUCUGUUUAGUCUGCCAUGAGUCCUGUGCUGCCUGCUGGGGUCCGACGGAGAAGCACUGCUUGGCCUGCAGAGACCCCCUCCAAGUGCUGAGGGAGGGUGGCUGCGAGAGCAGCUGUGGCCUUGGGUUCUACGGCAAGCAGGGGAUCUGCCGUGCUUGUGACCAAUCCUGUAAGAGCUGUGGUCCCAAUAGUCCCAGGUGUCUUACCUGUGCUGAGAAGACAGUGUUGCAUGAUGGGAAAUGCAUUGCUGAAUGCCCCGGUGGGUACUAUGCUGAGGCCACCGGCAGAUGCGAAGCUUGUCAUAAUUCAUGUGCCAGCUGCUCCGGACCCACGGGCUCACACUGCACAGCCUGCAUCCAGCCCCGGGCUCUACGCCAAGGCCACUGCCUGUCCAGCUGUGGAGAGGGCUUCUACCCUGACCACGGGGUCUGCAGAGCCUGUCAUUCCUCUUGCCUCACUUGUGUGGGUCCAGAGCCCUCUCAGUGUGCCCAGUGUAAGAAGCCCGAUGAAGGACUGCAAGUGGAGCAGCUGUCUGGGGCAAACAUCACCUCUGGCGAGUGUCUGUCCCAGUGUAGAGCCCAGUUUUACUUGGACAACACCGGGCUGUGUGAAGCUUGCCACCAGUCCUGUUUGAGGUGUGCAGGGAAGAGCCCACAUAACUGCACAGCCUGCUGGCCUUCCCAAGUGCUGUUGGAUGGGCAGUGUCUCUCCGAGUGCCCAGAUAGUUACUUUAACCAGGAAGGCAGUUGCAUAGAAUGCCACCCCACCUGCCGGCAGUGCCACGGCCCAUCGGAAUCUGACUGCAGCUCCUGUCACCCUCAUGUCGCUCUUGCUGGUGGGAGCUGCAGGACCAGCUGUAAAGAAGAGCAGUUCCUCAACCUGGUGGGGUACUGCACUGACUGCCAUCCUCUGUGCCGGCACUGUGCCGCUGAUCUCCAGCACACUGGCAGCAUCUGCCUGAGCUGCCAGAAUGCCCGGUACCUGCUGCUGGGGGACCACUGUGUGCCUGACUGCCCUUCUGGACUCUAUGCAGACAGAGGAGCUUGUAAAAAAUGUCACUCCUCCUGCAGAACCUGCCAGGGCACAGGACCCUUCUCCUGCACCUCGUGUGAUGCUGACCUCGUUCUAUCCCACCUGGGCACCUGCAGCACCGCCUGCUUCCCGGGGCACUAUCUCGAUGACAGCCGUGCUUGUCAGCCAUGCGAAGCACAUUGUGGAAGCUGUGAUUCACAGGCCAGCUGUACCUCCUGCCGAGAUCCAAACAAGGUCCUGCUCUUUGGGGAAUGCCAGUAUGAGAGCUGUGCCCCACAGUACUAUCUUGACUUCUCCACCAAGAUUUGCAAAGAGUGCGACUGGAGUUGCAAUGCGUGCAGCGGGCCCCUGAGGACAGACUGCCUACAGUGCAUGGACGGUUACGUUCUCCAGGACGGGGCCUGCGUGGAGCAGUGCUCACCAGCCUUCUACAGGGACUUGGGCCUCUGCAAAAGCUGCGGCAACCACUGUCUCCAGUGCCAAGGUCCCCAUGAGUGCACUCGCUGUGAAGGGCCAUAUCUCCUGUUGGAAGCCCAGUGUGUCCAGGAAUGUGGGAAGGGGUACUUUGCAGAUUAUGCAAAUCGCCAAUGCGCAGCCUGCCCUCAGGCAUGCUUGCAGUGUAGCCGCCGGGACCAGUGUCAUCGGUGUGACCAUGGGUUCUUUUUGAAGAGUGGCCUUUGUGUUUCCAACUGCGUUCCUGGCUUCUCUGCCCACUCUAAUGAAACAUGUGCUGGCAAAAUAUACACUCCUAGUCUUCAUGUGAAUGGUUCUCUCACCCUUGCAAUUGGUUCAAUGAAGCCACUGGAUUUUCCCCUUCUGAAUGUCCAAGACCAAUAUGGCAGGGUGGAAGACCUCCAGUUCCAUGUUGUGAGCACUCCCACCAAUGGUCAGCUAGUGCUCUCAAGGAAUGGAAAAGAGGUUCAGCUCGACAAGGCUGGCCAUUUUAGCUGGAAGGAUGUGAAUGAGAAAAAAGUGCGUUUUGUGCACAGCAAAGAAAAGCCCAGGAAAGGUUACUUUUCCCUGAAAAUUAGUGACCAGCAGUUCUUCUCUGAGCCACAGCUGAUCAACAUACAAGCAUUUUCAACCCAGGCCCCUUAUGUGCUGAGAAAUGAGGCCCUCCGUAUUAGCAGAGGGGAGAGAGGAACCAUCACCACCCAGCUGCUCGACAUCCGAGAUGACGACAACCCGCAGGACGUGGUGGUCCAAGUGCUUGAUCCUCCCCUUCAUGGCCAGUUGCUCCAAACGCUUCCGUCCCCGGCAACCCCAAUCUAUCAGUUCCGGCUGGAUGAACUCUCCAGGGGCCUUCUCCACUAUGCUCACGACGGCUCAGAUAGCCUAUCUGACGUUGCAGUCUUGCAGGCCAACGAUGGACAUUCCUUUCGAAAUAUACUGUUCCACGUGAAGAUGGUGCCCAAGAAUGAUGCAAGUCUUCGGCUUGUGGCUAAUUCGAUGGUGUGGGUUCCAGAAGGUGGGAUGCUGCAGAUUACCAACAGAAUCUUACAGGCUGAAGCUCCCGGUGCCAGUGCCUCAGAAAUCAUCUACAAAAUUACCCAGGGCCACCCACAAUUUGGAGAGGUAGUCCUUCUGGUUGAUAUGCCUGCAGACAGCCCCGCAGAAGAAGGGCAGCACCUGCCUGAUGGGAGGACAGCAACUCCCACCAGCACCUUUACCCAGCAAGACAUCAACGAAGGCAUCGUGUGGUACAGGCACUCGGGAGUCCCAGCCCAGAGUGACUCCUUCCUCUUUCAGGUGUCCAGUGCUGCAGAUGCCCAUAUGCACCUGGAGAGUCGCACAUUCAACAUCGCGAUCUUACCACAGACACCUGAAGCGCCCAAACUCUCUCUGGGAGCGUCUCUCCAUAUGACUGCUCGGGAAGAUGGCCUGACUGUGAUUCAGCCUCAUUCCCUGUCCUUUGUAAACUCUGAGAGUCCAAGUGGAAAGAUUAUAUACAAUAUCACUUUACCUCUGCAUCCAAAUCAAGGAAUCAUUGAACACCGGGACCAGCCUCACUCUCCCAUCCAGUAUUUCACACAGGAAGAUAUUAACCAGGGCAAAAUCAUGUACCGUCCUCCCCCUGCAGCUCCCCACCUCCAGGAGAUCAUGGCCUUCUCCUUUGCUGGUCUCCCAGAAUCGGUGAAGUUUCACUUCACAGUUUCAGAUGGAGCUCACACGAGUCCAGAGAUGGUCCUCACCAUUCAUCUGCUUCCCACUGAUCAGCACCUGCCGGCAUUCUUGGUCACAGCUCCCCUGCUUGAGGUCAGCCCAGGAGGCAGUACUGCUAUAGGACUUCAGCUGGAAGUAAGAGAUGCUGAGAUUACACCUGAAGAACUCCUCUUUGAGCUCCGGAAACCUCCAGAGCAUGGCGUGCUCCUUAAGUACACAGCCGAGCUCCAAGGGCCCAUGGCCACAGGUGACACUUUCACAUAUGAAGAUAUUGAGAAAAACGUUCUACAGUAUCUCCAUGAUGGCUCCUCUGCCCAGGAAGACAGCAUGGAGAUCUCGGUCACAGACGGCACGUCAGCUACAACUGUGGACGUGAAAGUGGAGGUGUCACUGUCAGAGGACCGGGGGCCUCAGCUGUCUGCUGGUGCCUCGCUGAGCAUUACCGUUGCUAGUAAAAGCACAACUGUAAUCACCAGGUCACACCUCGCUUAUGUUGAUGAUUCUUCCCCCGACUCAGAGAUCUGGAUUCAGUUAAGUUCUCUGCCCAUGUAUGGUGCUCUCUUAAGAGUGUCAGGACCUGAGGUGGAAGAACUCUCGGAGGUUUCCAAUUUCACAAUGGAAGACAUCAACAACCAGAAAAUUAGGUACUCAGCUGUGUAUGAGACUGAUGGUAAUCUGGUUACUGAUGGCUUCCAUUUCUCUGUCUCCGAUAUGGACCACAACCAUCUAGACAAUCAGAUGUUUACCAUCAUGAUCACUCCUGUUGAGAAUCCACCUCCAGUCAUUGCUUUUGCUGACCUUAUCACGGUUGAUGAGGGGGGGAGAGCCCCACUCUCCUUUCACCAUUUCUUUGCUGCUGAUGAUCAAGACAACCUCCAGGGAGAUGCCAUCAUUAAGCUAAGUGCUCUGCCCAAAUAUGGCUGCAUCGAGAACACCGGAACAGGUGACCGUUUUGGCCCUGGAGCUACCAGUGACCUAGAGGCAUCAUUCCCUAUUCAAGAUGUCCUGGAAAACUACAUUUACUACUUUCAGAGUGUUCAUGAAAGCAUUGAGCCAACCCAUGACAUUUUUAGUUUUUAUAUAAGUGAUGGAAACAGUCGUUCAGAAAUCCACAGCAUCAAUAUCACCAUUGAGAGGAAGAACGAUGAGCCUCCCAGGAUCACCUUGCGGCCCCUUGGCGUGCAGCUAAGCUCGGGAGUGGUGAUAAGCAAUUCUUCUCUGAGCCUGCAGGACCUGGACACUCCAGAUAAUGAGCUGGUUUUUGUACUGACAAAAAAGCCCGACCAUGGCCAUCUGCUCUGGAGGCAAACUGCUUCUGAGCCUCUGGAGAAUGGGAGGAUUUUAACUCAGGGCUCCUCCUUCACCUACCAGGAUGUCCUGGCCGGGCUGGUCGGGUACAUGCCUGGUGGUCCCGGGGUGGCAGUGGAUGAGUUCCGGUUCUCCCUCACGGAUGGCCUCCACGUGGACACGGGGAGGAUGGAGAUAUACAUAGAACUGCCUACAAGUGGUGCCCCCAAUUUGGCUAUAAACCGGGGCCUACAGCUCUCAGCAGGGUCUGUAGCACGCAUCACAGAACAGCAUUUGAGAGUGACAGAUACUGAUUCGGAUGACCGUCAGGUGAUGUACAUCAUGAAGGAAGAUCCUGGCGCAGGGCGUCUGCAGAUGAUAAAACACGACAACCCGGAGCAAAUCUCUGUGAAAGGCCCCAUCCGGAGUUUCACCCAGGCUGACAUUAGCCAAGGCCAAGUAGAAUACAGACACGGGAAAGGAGAAUCUGGCGGGAGCUUUGCGUUUAAAUUCGAUGUGGUUGAUGGAGAAGGCAACAUGCUGAUUGGGCAGUCAUUUUCCAUCAAUGUUUUGGAAGACAAUUCCCCACCAGUCAUCACCACCAACAAAGGGCUGGUCUUGGAUGAGAACUCAGUGGAGAAAAUCACCACUCUGCAGCUCUCUGCCACUGACCAAGAGAGUAAGCCUACAGAUUUGAUCUAUACAAUCAGUAGACAGCCCGAGCUGGGCCACCUGGAACAUGCAGCAUCCCCAGGUAUCCAGAUUAGUUCCUUUACUCAAGCUGACCUGACUUCACGAAACAUUCAGUAUAUCCACUCCAGUGACACUGAGAAACAUUCCGAUGUCUUCAGCUUUACACUGUCCGAUGGAGUCAGUGAGGUGACCCAGACUUUCCACAUCACCAUACGCCCUGUGGACGAUUCACUGCCUGUGGUGCAGAACCUGGGCAUGCGGGUGCAGGAGGGUGUGAGCAAGACCAUCACAGAGUUCGAGCUCAAGGCGGUGGAUGCAGACACAGAGGCCGAGUCUGUCACAUUCACCAUUGUGCAGCCCCCACGCCACGGCACCAUUGAGCGAACCACCAACGGGCAGCAUUUCCGGCACACAUCCACCUUCACCAUGGAAGACAUCUACCAGAACCGGGUCAGCUACAGCCAUGAUGGCAGCAACUCCCUCAGAGACCGGUUCACCUUCACCGUGGCUGAUGGGACAAAUCCCUUCUUCAUCAUUGAGGAAGGAGGAAAAGAGGUUAUGACAGCAGCACCUCAGCAUUUCCAAGUGGACAUCCUCCCAGUAGAUGAUGGCACCCCUAGAAUUGUUACCAACCUGGGGCUCCAGUGGCUGGAGUACAUGGAUGGAAAGGCAACCAACUUGAUCACCAAGAAGGAACUGCUGACCAUGGACCCAGACACAGAGGACCUGCAUCUUGUCUAUGAGAUAACAGCGGGCCCCAAGCACGGCCACGUGGAGAACAAGCUACAGCCUGGCAGAGCCGCUGUCACUUUCACACAGGAGGAUGUGAACUUGGGAUUGAUUCGUUACGUGUUACAUGAGGAGAAGAUCCGUGAGAUGAUGGAUAGUUUUCAGUUUCUGGUGAAAGACAGUAAACCCAAUGUGGUCAGCGACAAUGUCUUCCAUGUCCAGUGGUCCCUCAUCAGCUUUAAAUAUACAAGCUACAAUGUCAGUGAGAAAGCAGGGUCUGUUAGCGUCACAGUGCAGAGGAGUGGGAACCUGAACCAGUAUGCCAUCGUCCUGUGUCGCACCGAGCAAGGCACCGCCAGCUCCAGCUCCAGGGUCAGCUCCCAACCCGGACAGCAGGACUACGUGGAGUAUGCUGGCCAGGUGCAGUUUGAUGAGCGAGAGGACACCAAGUCCUGCACCAUUGUCAUCAAUGAUGAUGAUGUGUUUGAGAACGUUGAGAGUUUCACCGUGGAGCUCAGCAUGCCAGCAUAUGCCCUAUUAGGGGAGUUCACCCAGGCGAAGGUCAUUAUCAAUGACACUGAGGACGAGCCCACGUUAGAGUUUGAUAAGAAGACCUACCGGGUCAACGAGAGUGCUGGUUUUCUGUUCGCACCUAUUGAAAGAAAAGGGGAUUCAAGCAGCAUUGUAUCUGCAAUUUGCUACACAGUCCCUAAGUCAGCUAUGGGAAGUAGCCUCUAUGCUCUAGAAUCGGGCUCUGAUUUUAAAUCUAGAGGGAUGUCUCCUGACAGUCGUGUGAUAUUUGGGCCUGGUGUCACCGUGUCCACCUGUGAUGUCAUGCUCAUUGAUGACAGUGAGUAUGAAGAAGAAGAAGAGUUUGAGAUUGUCCUGGCAGAUGCUUCAGACAAUGCCCGCAUCGGAAGGGUGGCAUCGGCCAAGGUGCUCAUUAGUGGUCCCAAUGAUGCCUCCACUGUGUCCCUGGGCAACACAGCUUUCACUGUCAGCGAGGAUGCAGGUACAGUGAAGAUUCCAGUUAUCCGUCAUGGAACUGACCUUUCUACCUUCACAUCUGUCUGGUGUGCAACACGGCCCUCAGACCCAGCUUCUGCCACUCCAGGAGUUGACUAUGUCCCCAGCUCUAGGAAGGUGGAGUUUGGGCCAGGUGUCACCGAGCAGUACUGCACCUUGACUAUCUUAGAUGACACUCAGUAUCCAGUAAUUGAAGGGCUGGAGACGUUUGUGGUUUUUCUCAGCUCAGCACAAGGGGCCGAACUGACCAAACCCUUCCAGGCUGUCAUUGCAAUUAAUGACACAUUCCAGGAUGUGCCCAGCAUGCAGUUUGCUAAGGAUUUGCUCCUAGUGAACGAGAAGGAAGGUGUUCUGCAGGUGCCCAUCAUUCGGAGUGGAGACCUGAGCUAUGAGUCGUCAGUGAGGUGCUAUACCCAGGGCCAUUCAGCUCAGGUCAUGGAGGACUUUGAGGAGAGAAGAAAUGCGGACUCCUCACGGAUUACGUUUCUAAAAGGGGAGAAAAUGAAGAACUGCACUGUCUCUAUCCAUGAUGACUCCAUGUUUGAGCCUGAGGAGCAAUUCAGGGUCUACCUCGGCCAUCCUCUUGGAAACCACUGGAGUGGAGCCAGAAUUGGGAAGAAUAACAUGGCCACCAUCACCAUAUCCAAUGAUGAAGAUGCCCCUACCAUUGAGUUUGAAGAAGCUGCAUACCAAGUCCGGGAACCCUCGGGGCCAGACGCUGUAGCCCUCCUGAACAUCAAGGUGAUCCGCCGGGGGGAUCAGAACAGGACGUCCAAGAUUCGCUGCAGCACGCGGGAUGGGUCUGCCCAGUCCGGGGUGGAUUACUACCCAAAGAGCAGAGUCUUGAAGUUCAGUCCCGGUGUGGAUCAUAUCUUUUUUAAAGUCGAGAUCCUAUCCAAUGAAGACCGGGAAUGGCAUGAAUCUUUCUCCCUAGUCCUUGGCCCAGAUGACCCAGUGGAAGCAGUUCUUGGUGAUGUGACCACUGCCACAGUGACGAUUCUAGACCAGGAGGCAGCAGGCAGUCUCAUAUUGCCAGCACCGCCCAUCGUUGUCACACUUGCUGACUAUGACCACGUAGAAGAAGUUACCAAGGAAGGAGUCAAGAAAUCCCCCUCCCCAGGCUACCCACUGGUUUGCGUUACCCCCUGUGACUCCCAUUUCCCCAAGUACGCCAUCAUGAAGGAGCGUUGCAGCGAGGCUGGCAUCAAUCAAACAUCUGUGCAGUUCAGCUGGGAGGUGGCCACCCCCACUGAUGGCAAUGGGGCCCGGUCGCCCUUUGAGACCAUCACUGACAACACGCCAUUCACCAGCGUCAACCACAUGGUCCUGGAUAGCAUUUACUUCAGCCGGAGGUUCCACGUGCGUUGUGUGGCAAAGGCCGUAGACAAGGUGGGCCAUGUGGGGACCCCCUUAAGGAGCAACAUUGUUACCAUUGGAACAGACAGUGCUAUCUGCCACACCCCAGUGGUAGCCGGGACAGCCAGAGGCUUCCAGGCUCAGUCCUUCAUCGCCACCUUGAAAUACCUGGAUGUCAAGCACAAGGAGCAUCCAAACAGAAUCCACAUUUCCGUGCAGAUCCCACACCAGGACGGAAUGCUGCCCCUCAUCUCCACCAUGCCGCUGCACAACCUGCAUUUUCUGUUGUCCGAGUCCAUCUACAGACACCAGCACGUCUGCUCCAAUCUUGUCACCACCCGCGACCUGAGAGGCAUCUCAGAGGCAGGGUUCCUGGACGACAGGGUCUACGACAGCACAGCCCUGGGGCCUGGUUACGACCGCCCCUUCCAAUUUGACCCCAGUGUCCGGGAGCCCAAGACCAUCCAGCUCUACAAACACCUGAACUUGAAGAGCUGCGUCUGGACCUUUGAUGCCUAUUACGACAUGACCGAGUUGAUCGAUGUCUGCGGGGGGUCUGUCACUGCCGACUUCCAGGUGAGAGACUCUGCUCAGUCAUUCCUGACCGUUCACGUGCCUCUCUAUGUGUCCUACAUCUAUGUGACAGCCCCCAGGGGCUGGGCCUCUUUGGAGCACCACACAGAAAUGGAGUUUUCCUUCUUCUAUGACACUGUUCUCUGGAGAACAGGAAUCCAGACAGACAGUGUGCUCUCUGCAAGGCUUCAGAUAAUAAGAAUCUACAUUCGAGAGGAUGGCCGUCUCAUCAUUGAAUUCAAGACCCAUGCCAAAUUCAGAGGACAGUUUGUGAUGGAGCACCACACCCUCCCUGAUGUGAAAUCAUUCAUACUGACUCCAGACCACUUAGGAGGCAUUGAAUUUGACCUGCAGCUACUAUGGAGUGCUCAGACUUUUGAUUCUCCCUAUCAACUCUGGAGAGCCACAAGCUCUUAUAACAGGAAGGACUAUUCGGGGGAGUACACCAUCUACCUGAUCCCGUGCACCGUGCAGCCCACGCAGCCGUGGGCAGACCCCGGAGAGAAGCCUCUGGCCUGCACUGCGCAUGCCCCAGAAAGAUUCCUGAUCCCCAUUGCAUUCCAGCAGACCAACCGCCCUGUACCAGUUGUGUAUUCGCUCAACACUGAAUUUCAGCUCUGCAAUAAUGAGAAGGUGUUCCUAAUGGAUCCCAAUACAUCUGAUAUGUCACUGGCAGAAAUGGAUUACAAAGGGGCCUUCUCAAAAGGUCAAAUCCUUUAUGGCCGAGUACUUUGGAAUCCAGAGCAAAACCUUAAUUCUGCUUACAAACUCCAGCUGGAGAAAGUCUAUCUUUGUACCGGCAAAGAUGGCUAUGUGCCUUUCUUUGAUCCCACGGGGACAAUCUACAAUGAAGGGCCUCAGUAUGGAUGCAUUCAGCCAAACAAACACCUAAAACACAGAUUUCUGCUGCUGGACCGCAGUCAGCCUGAAGUAACUGAUAAGUACUUCCAUGAUGUGCCCUUUGAGGCCCACUUUGCUUCCGAGUUGCCUGAUUUCCAUGUGGUCAGUAGCAUGCCGGGUGUGGAUGGAUUUACUCUGAAGGUAGAUGCACUCUAUAAGGUGGAAGCAGGCCACCAGUGGUAUCUCCAGGUGAUCUAUGUCAUUGGCCCUGACACCAUCUCAGGGCCCCGGGUCCAGCGCUCUCUCGCAGCACCCCUGAGGCGCAACCGAAGGGACCUGGUGGACCCCAGCGGCCAUCUGACCCUUGACGAUUCCCUCAUCUAUGACAAUGAAGGGGACCAAGUCAAGAAUGGCACCAACAUGAAGUCCCUGAAUCUGGACAUGCAAGCGCCGGCGGUGGCGGCUUCUCUCUCGCAGACCGGGGCGUCUCUCGGCAGUGCCCUCGCUGCCAUCAUGCUCCUGCUUCUCGUGCUUUUGGUGGCUUGUUUCCUCACCAGGAAAUGCCAGAGGCAGAGGAGGAAAACGCCCACAGAGGACAUUCUGGAGGAAUACCCUCUGAACACCAAGGUGGAUGUGUCCAAGAGGAGCCCGGACAGGGUGGAGAAGAACUCGAACAGACACUACUGCACCGUGCGCAACGUCAACAUCCUGAGUGAGGCCGAGGGGGCUUAUGCUUUCAAAGGUGCUAAAGUAAAAAAAUUGAAUCUGGAAGUCAGAGUUCACAACAAUUUACAAGAUGGAACGGAAGUUUAACGGCGGAGACCUAUGUGUAUUUUUUUCUAAAAUCAUUUUUAUAAAAACGGGGGUCAAAUACUGGUAUUUUUAUAAUCUUGCAGUUUAAAAAGGGAAAACUAUAGCUUUGAGUGGCGGAAGGCACACAUCACAUGCAUCAACUCACAACUGAGCUACCUCAUUAAACAAAGAACCACUGAGACCCCAGAGUUCUGGAGCAGAGUUCUCUCGGGAGAUCUCUUGAAUAGUGUCAGCAGCUGCGGACUGCUCCUUCUGUAAGGCUGGUCUUAGAAAGCACAGAUUUCACUCUUGGCCAGGGGUUAGGCUUUCCAGCUAGCUGAUGGGGCUCGGCAGAUGUGGACGGUGCGGUGGCAGGUCUCCGGGGCAGCAGGGGUUGGGGGAUGGGGUUGGGGGCAGUUCAGGACCAUUGGUUUCCUCUCCCACCUCUAGCUGUCUUCUACUUGGGCUUGUCCUGGGCCUCCGGGCAGCAGAAUUUGGAUUGCUGACACUCUGAUUCCAUUCAAAAUUCUGCUAAUCAGCAUAACCUAUGUACGUGCUCAUGGUAUCUGCUUGACAGCUUGCACGCCAUGGCCUCUAACUGUCCUUUGCAUUUCCAGAGCCUUUUCACCUGGGGGUUUCAAAGUACUCUAGAGGAGAGCCCUGUCCCACAACUUGCAGGAGACAUCUGGCACGGCGGAACCCCUGCCCUUUCAGCCCUUUCAGAAGGGCAGACAGAGAGAGGAGGGGCCUGACCAUAUUAGUGAUGCAGGGCCCCCUAGGCCCAGGGGGACGUCCUUGUGCCCCACUGGUUCACACUGUGCCACGGACACGUCAGGACAUCCUCCCUGACGGAGAAUGCUGCGAAACAAGAUCAGUGCACCUGGCCUUUUUAUUCCACGGGGCCACGGAUGCUUACAAAACCUGCCAUACUUUCCUGCCACCCCAGGCUUUGCCCAAUCCAGUAGCAAGACUCACCCACGUACUUCGCUAGCUGCGAGUUUUGUAUUUUGCUAGGGUUUCGGAAAAGUAACUUAUUCUUUUAAAUAAAGCAAAUUAGGAGAAAGCCCAGCUCAGAGUGAAAUCUGAGUUAAUUGAUGCCAACUAGUACUCACAGCAGAUCAAGUACCAACCCUCACGGCAGAUGAAGGCGCCGAUCCCGGGAAGGUUUUCAGGGAUUUCUCUUCUGGGGGGUUCUUUUCUGGUAGCUCAGGCAUUGAUUUUACCACAUCAGCACGUGACAGGGCCAUAAACACAUGGCUUUAAAAUGAUUUCAUGUUCAAAUAGCAGCUUCAGGAUUUUGUAUGAAGUGUGCACACAGCUUGCCUUUGUGUUUCUCUUUUGUUUUUGCCUUACUGGCAAAAACACAAGCAUGCGUGUCAUGUCGUUUUGAAAUGAAGGCACAAUUUCAUUACUGAGGAGGGAAAGACAUGUUCUCUUCCUGAUGCAUGGCACACCAUAACCACUGAGCAAAUCACAGAGCAUCACACUGUGUCCUAUUUGUUUUAGAAUGACCCAAGCUCUUUGAGAACAUUCCACACUGCAAACACUUUGGUUCUAGAAAGCUAGGAAGAAUGAGCCAUGGGCGGUUUUCGGCAUCUCUACCAGACGCCAAGCUCUUGAGAAAAGGACCUUGCGAGGCGUGCCUUUGGUUCUUCAGCAGCGCCUUGCACGGAACGAGCACUGCAGAAAUAUUUGUUAGGUAAACAAGUGAAUGGUGGUGUGGGUGAGUGGUAGAGGAAUCAAUUCAGGAAGGGGAGGUGAGAGACGAUGAUGGCAAGAUCAGAAAGGAAAAAAAAAAAACAACCCGAAACUGCCUCUUCUGCUUGGAUUAUAAAGCAACCUCAUUAGAACAAAAAAGCACCACGUGACAUAGGCAUGAAUCUAGCUGCGGUCUUAGGAUGACUGAACAGAACAUGAGAACGCAGUAGCAUAAGUUGAAACUGUGGGUCAGCUCCGGAGCAGGACAUUUAGGGGAAAGUCUGACUUGGCAUUCUGAGAUGAGUAAAGUCUUCAGGCAAGGAUAGCACAGGGUGAGCCCAGAACCCAAAACUCCUGACUUGUCGCGCGCUCCUUGAGACCAGCUUGGGCAGCGUGGGGCAGAACUUCUGUAUCGGCCUCAGGAGCGUACAGAAUUGGUGUCUCAUGGCCGGAGAGCUCAUCAGCCUGGUGUGGAAUCUCCUCCAGAACAGCCUAGAAGGUUAAUGCCAAUUCUGCAAGGACAGGAAGCCCAUCAUUUGUGGGGCCACUUUUGAUUUGUCCUGUUACUUAUCACUGUCCCUACUUGCCAGAACGCUUCCGCAUUCAAGCGGCCUGGUUGCCUUUGCUCAGAUAUUCUUCUUGCACAUCCGUUCCACUCCUGCUGAGGCGGACACACGCCUGGGAAGGGUGCAGACGUGCGCAGAGUGAAGCUAAUGUGGGAAGAGAUGGAGACCAAGACCUCCGAGUGCUCUCGGCAGCCUCCAUGGACGUGGUCAUGAGUGACAAGGACAACAUCCUGGCAGGACCAUGAGACCGUGAGCUCUCUGUGCGAAAGGAAAGCCUGGGACUACUCCCACCUCCCUCCCUUCCUGCUCUUCCCCCCACUACCUAUGCUUUUUAAAAUGCCAGUUCUUCUUUAGUGGAUGCACACUCAUUAAAUAGCAAGUGUUAAGAGAUGUGAAGCUGAGAUUUGCUCCUUUGAUAAGGUUUCUCAUUUGGUUUAUGUUUUCUGUUUCAUAGUAGGAAUCCGACAAUUUGGUGACCAAUGUGGGAUUAUAUUUCAGUGAAAGCCCUCCUUUCAGUCUCCCUAACUUGCUCACUAAUGCCUUGUGUGUGUUUUACUACUCUCCUAUACCGUGCAGUUAGGUGAGGGGGAGUAAGAAGCCCUCCGGGGUUGCUAGUUGCUCUCCUACACUGGCUGUGAGGGUUGAAAGAGAGAAGAGUCUGCACCCCUUUUCUGCCUCACUGGUCUGUUCUGGUCCCCAGGCCUCCUGAAGGCCGCCUGCAGACUCCGCGCUGGGUGUGGAAGUCACGUUGGAAUGUGUUUGCAUAGUCUUAGGACAUUCAGUCCCAGUGUCCUGUGGGUGUUCAUUGUUCUUGGAUACGACACACAUGAUCAGACUGAGUGAAACAUUUGUGGUGCUGUCAACCUGAUUUCUUGACUCAAAUGAUCUUUGUAUUACUAAUACCAAUUUGUGUGUUAUGAAUUUCUGAUUUCUCCAAUAGCGUAUGCCACUAUAGACAUUUGUAUUAAUAAAUGACAGUCUGGUUGCAUUUUUUUGUUGCUAUGUUCUUUAUAGAUUAUUGGUCUCAUUCACAGAAGACACCACCUUUGAGAUGGCAAAAUCAUUAUGAAAUUUGAGGCAAAGUUUUUUGGAGAAAACCUGCCUGAAGGGGUUGAAUCUGAGACACACAUGGACCGUGCUAUGAGUCAAAUGAAGAAGAACUUACACAGCCCCAGAUCAUCAUAGCUCAUCUUCUGCAAUCAGUUGAAACCCCAGUACGAUGAAUAAAUCAA